AUGAUGCUUGGAAAGAGAAUGGAGGAGGACACAGAGCAGGACGCUCUCUUUGGAGAGAAGAGCAGCAGGAGGACAACUGUGGCUGAAGCCCUUGAUCAACUGGAUGUUGGCAGAUUUCAUGUCCAACACUUGUUGCGGAUGAUUUUGGCAUGGGUGAUCUUCGCAGCAACCCAAGAGAGCACGCCCUACGUCUUCCAAGGCCUGAGGGCGACCUUUCACGUGGAUGAAGACAGCAUUGCCACUUUCGCAGCGAGCUUUCCAUUGGGCUGUGCAGCUGGAGCUCUUGCGGCGUCUCCACUGCUUGACCACUUGGGCCGGCGUGGUACGCUGCUGGCAAUUCUGCCUUUGGCUGCAGCUGUGAGUCUGGCUGCUGGCAUGGCCCAGAACAUCCUAGUCCUCAACAUUCUGCGGACAUUGCAGGCUUUGGCCUUCUCAAUCGCCUUGACGGGAAUGUCUGCCUGGUACAUCGAAUUCUUGCCUACAAGCACGCGCGGCAUGCUCAUGGCAGCUUAUGGCAUAGGUUGGCCCAUUGGUCGCGCUGUGGUUAUUUUGGUCGCAUAUUUGGUCAAGGAGCAGUGGACACACUUCAUGGACGUGUCAAUGGUGGGCUUUAUGGUCCUGUUUGUGUCCCUGUUCUUAGCAGAUGAGUCUCCAAGAUUUCUGGCCGCUUCUGGCCGAUCGGGAGAUGCUGCUCAAGUUCUGAAAAGAAUGUACGAGAGCACCCAGCGAGGAUCUUGGGAGAAUCGAGCAGUGUCGCCUGAAAUGCAUUCGCCAGUGGAAGGCAGAUCUCGAGCCAGAGAGCUGUUGCUGAACCGAGAAAAUCGGAACCUGCUGAUCUUCGCUUCACUGCUUUUUAUGAUGCUCUCCAGCACCACUGUUUUGCUGGACACAUGGGGUCCUCAUUUGUACCAUCAACUCCUUACUCCAGAUGCUGCAGUAGUCCCACAUCGAAUCCUGAUGCUUUUCAACAUGGGGGAUCUAGCUGGCAUUGUGCUGUCCAUCUUUCUCAUUGAUCAUAUUGGGCGGUGCGGAAGCUUUGUGAUCGGCUUCUUUGUCCAGGGAUCUUUGCUGGCGGCCUUGACUUGCUUGGGCAGAAGCACGCCCGCUUACAUGUUGGCUGUGGCUUGUGGUACGUUGAGUUCAGCUUGCCGGUGUUUUGCCUGGGAAUCGGCUCAGAUGUGGACUUUGGAAGUGUUCCCCACGCAGAUACGAGCUACGGCUUUCAGUGUGGCAAUGGCAGUCAUGCGCUUUGCAUCCAUUUUGUCACUGAAAUUGUCUGCGCAAUACGUUGAAGUUUUGAGUGCAGCAAAUGCCUUACGCACUCUCGCUGCGCUGCUCAUCUUGAGCGGUUUUUUUAGCACGUGCCUGCUGCCCAAAGAGACGGCAAACGUGCCCAUGACGGAAGCAAGUACAGAUGAAGGGAAGGCCUUUUAA